AUGAUUGACUACAUGCAACAAGUUCUGCGGGCGUUCGAAACAUGUACGGGUUGGAACCGAGACAAUAGCUACGAAAAUAUCACCAGCACAUCUGAAAAUGUGCUGAACUUCAGGAUUCCCGAGGGUCUUAAAUGCCAAGUUUCGAACAGCUCAACGGCCCACACGUUCUCGACAUUUGAGCUUUCGAACCACUCGGUCAUUAACGGGUCCCUGGCGUAUCUUUACAGUAGUGGAAAAGGACUGGACCGAUCUGUUAGCAGUUCUAAAAAUGUGCUGUUGCAAGACGCAGUGGAAAGUUACCGGCAAAUCCGUCCAUUGUAUCAUAACAAAGAAAGUAGAAAGACAUUUGAGCCCUCGUCGCUAUGGUUUGGACGCAUGUAUUACCCGAGCUCUACGUUAGAGGCAAUGGUGGUCAAACGAUUGAAUCCAGAAACACAGCUUGUGGCCAAGUGUCUCAGCAGCCUGGCACAUACAAGCGUUUUGACCCUGUACUGGCAGAGGGAUUCGGGUCAAAAUUGCCAAGAGUGGGUUUUUUCGUCCAAUGAAGCCUUGGUAGGGUACCGUGUCUUGCACAAUUUCGUGGGUAGCCAAUCUAAACUCAAUACAUCACUGUACAACAACUCGUCGCUUUCGCUGGGCGCAGAGUUUUGGUUUGGGGUCUUGAACACCAGCCCCGCAUGCUCAACCACUUUGCGUUAUAGCACGCACUCGGCAAAUACAGGCAGACCCUUGACUCUGACGUUUUCCUGGAACCCUUUAUUCGGCCAUGUUUCGUCCACUUAUUCCGUGAAAACCUCGUCAAACGCCACCAUAAGCACCAAGUUCGAUUUUAAUCUGUAUUCAAUAGAGUCCAACCUAUCGUUUGGAUGCGAACUGUGGAGAAGUGGGCAGAAAGCAGCAACUGUCACAAACGAAAGUAUGUUUCGAAAUGCUACGCGACGUGCUCAGCCGCGACUUGCCGAGACAAAGGACAUGUUCUAUCACUUGAUGGCAGGCUCUUCGAACUCUCAAAAAUUAAUGGAAGAUCUCAACGUUACGUUUGCAUCGCCGCUGAACAAGAUACAAAAAGAACGGUCAACGAUUCAAAAAUUCGAAAAGUCGUUAGUCGAUUCUGAUUUCACCAGUGUUUGCAGGCUCAGCACCAGUCUCCGAGACCAAAACCUGAAAGUGCUAUGGGAAGGUCGGUAUAAAGGAUUUCUGAUUUCUGCUGGAACCGAACUCACGAAUGCCCCUCUGGACUUGCCAUCAAACAUGGUAGACGAAGCAAAGAAAACCAGUUUCUUUAAACCUGCAAAGUUUGGUAUUCAGCUACAGUAUUCUAUGUAA